UGAACAAGCUCCAAGCCAACAGGGGCGCUGCGCUGUCCAAAGACUUCUUUAAGUUUUUCCUCAUGACACGUCACGUUAACAGCAGCUUUAAACUUCUGAGCAUGCGCCUCUCCAGCUCCUUUAAUAUCAGCGGUUCGAAGCGCAUCAUUGCACGAUGACAGAGAUGCUGCAUGUGUUUUUGCUCCUGGCUCUGCUUGGUCUGGGCUUGGGAGAAGAAGGGGCUCGCUUACUGGCCUCUAAAUCCCUUCUGAACCGCUAUGCUGUGGAAGGCCGUGACCUCACCCUGCAGUACAACAUCUACAAUGUGGGCUCCAGUGCUGCUCUUGAGGUGGAACUGUCAGACGAUUCUUUUCCUCCUGAAGACUUUGGAAUCGUUUCAGGAAUGUUGAAUGUCAAAUGGGACAGGAUUGCACCAGCCAGUAAUGUCUCUCACACAGUGGUGCUGCGCCCCCUGAAGGCUGGUUACUUUAACUUCACCUCUGCUUCUGUCAGCUACCUGGCCCAGGAGGGAGGACAAGUUGUGACUGGCUACACCAGCGCCCCAGGCCAGGGAGGCAUCUUGGCUCAGAGGGAGUUCGACCGACGCUUCUCACCACAUUAUCUUGACUGGGCUGCAUUUGGUGUGAUGACCCUGCCCUCCAUUGGUAUCCCUUUGCUCCUCUGGUACUCCAGCAAGAGGAAGUAUGACUCACCAAAGGCCAAGAAGAAUUGAAAAGUCAUAGUGGGGUGGGGUGGGGUGGGGUAGGGAUGGAAGUUAAAGGGUUUACCAGCCAUAUUGGUAAUUACAAGUUGAUCAAACAAGCGGCAUGAUUAAGAGAACUCAAGAGAACACCGAAACAACUUCAGUAUGGUUAUCAAAACUUAGCAUAUACAAAAAAAGCUCUCAUCUACAUCCUGAGCUUCACCAGCUGCUGGUCAUUCUUUUAUAUUUUCAGAUUGGAUGAUGAGACAUAUUAUAUUUACAAUAUGUUUUUGUUUUUUGUAAUUUUGUGUUCAAUGACCUGAAUUGGCUGUUGAACUCAAAUAAUAAUAAAAAACAAGUUAGGUUUUC